AUGAACUUCCUCUUCGUGUCCCUAAACCUCCUCGGCCUCGCCAAGGCCUCCAUCUACGAAGACUGGCACCCCGCCGGCCCCAACGACGUCCGCUCCCCCUGCCCAGCCCUCAACUCCCUCGCAAACGUACAUAUCCCACACACUCCCCCGAUCUCCAAUUCGCCGAAAUGGCGGCCACGAAUUGUUCGGUGA